CUGUCGUACCUGAAGGGCAAAGGACUGGGAGGUGCUAUCGUGUGGUCCAUCGAUACGGACGACUUUCACGGCAAUUGCGGCGGACGUAAGCACCCAUUGAUGAAGACUAUUAGCACUGAACUCAAUGGUAUUACCGGUGAACCCGACCCUGACAUACAUGAGGUGCACGUGACCCCUGCACCAACCCAUCAGCCAGAUAGUCAUGGAGGCAGAGGGAAGUUUACACCAGAGAUCUCAAACCCCUUGCUCUGUACGCAUAUGAUGUAUGGGUUCGCCAAACUCAGCGACGGGGGAGAGAUACAGGUGUUUGACCCGGACCUGGAUUUAGGCGAUACUGAUUGGGAAAGUGGUCUACCCUGGGGAGAGGGUAUGUACCGGCGUAUUGAGCACUUGCGUGAUGUCAACCCCGAUAUGAAAGCCUUGAUAUCAAUCGGGGGUUGGAAUGAGGGGUCAGACAAGUACUCAAAGAUGGCCAGUAGUCCGGACUCACGAAAAAAGUUUGUUAACUCUGUCCUCAAAUUUAUACAAACAAAUAAAUUUGAUGGACUCGAUGUGGACUGGGAGUACCCAGGCUUUAAAGCCUCCGGAGAGGAGGACCGAACCCCUGGUAAUCCGAAAGAUAAGGACAACUUCGUGGCACUGUUAAGUGAGCUCCGGGAGGCAUUCAAACCGCAUAACUAUUUACUGACGGCUGCCGUAAGUGCGGGCAAAAAGACGAUUGACGUCUCGUAUGACGUGAAACAGUUGAACGAAUUGCUGGACAUUAUUAACGUAAUGGCCUAUGAUUUUCAUGGCGGCGCCUGGGAGAAUAAGACAGGU